AUGGAACAAAAAAGAAAAAAAUUAUCUGGAAGUCAAUACAAAAAGAAACGCUUAAAGAAUAAGGAACAAGAAAGAAAGCUCAGCAAUGUUAUGAAGAAAUUCUUAGUACAAAAGUGCGGUUUAGAUGAGCCAUCCACAUCAGCAGCAACUGAUUUUGCAAAUAACAACACAGUGCCGCCCCAAUCACUUCUAGAAGAAGUUGUUGAAGAGAGCCAAAUACUAACACCAUCAGAUCUUAAUGAACAGCCGGGCAGCACAUCCACGUCAACUGCGACUGCCUUGGAUUUGGCAAAUAAAAACACAGUGCCGCCCCAAUCACUUCUAGAAGAAGUUGUUGAAGAGAGCCAAAUACUAACACCAUCAGAUCUUAAUGAACAGCCGGGCAGCACAUCCACGUCAACUGCGACUGCCUUGGAUUUGGCAAAUAAAAACACAGUGCCGCCCCAAUCAAUUCCAGAAAAAAUUGUUGAAGAGAUCCAAAAAUUAACAUCAUCAGAAGUUCAUCAAGAACCGGGCCGCAUUAGCAGUCGCAGUCAGCAGGUAUUAAAAGAAAUUUCUUCAGAUCCUGCAUUAUGGCUUACUUUCUGCAUGUCAUCUCAAACUCGUCAACUACUGGUUGAGAGGGGUCCCCAUCAAAUUAAAGAAUUCGAGUUUCCUAUUAAUAAAGGAAAGCGUAGAUUUUUGCCCUCGUAUUAUUCGAAAGUGUUGAGCAAUGGUGAAGUCGUUGAGAGAAGUUGGCUUAUUUACUCUAUUGCAAGUGAUGCCGUUUUUUGCUUUUGUUGUAUAUUAUUUGAUAAUUCGUCUGAUAUUAGUGACUGGCCCAAAAAAGGCUAUUCUGACUGGAAAAAUCUUAUAAGAGCCCUCACAAUGCACGAAAAGUCUGUAAAUCACAGAAAUGCUUUUAGAGCAUGGAAAGAAUUGGACAUUCGAUUGAAGCAGAAAAAAAAUAUAUACGCUGAAUAUCAACGAAUUAUGGAUAUGGAACUUCAGCAUUGGAGAGGAGUUAUAAAAAGAAUUAUGUCAAUAAUUAAACUAUUGGCCUCACAAUGUUAA